AUGACAAUGAAUUCAACAUCAUUUAACAUAAACAAAGAUGGACAUGAAUUUUUCGCCGUCACCUACAAACAAAAUUCUGAACUUACCUUGGAACCGUAUAAUCCAAAUAUUGCUUCGCCACAAUCACAAAAAUUUCUUAUCGGUAAUAAGAACGGUUAUGCGCUUCCCAUGGCCAUUGGACGCAGGACACAAUAUUGUCGCCAAGAAUUGGUUGACAUUGAUGGUAACGGAUCGGCGGCAUCCGAUAGAAGUGUUACGCUCGGUAUAAGGACUUUGCAUCGCUAUUUUGUGGAAGGCAAUCGGCAUAUGCAUUUCGUAGAUUUUACAAAUCAAAUACAAAGCAGCCAUCCAAUGUUCUUAUUAGGCGCAGAUGAAACGAACGAACUGAUCGAGAUUGAAACUUCGCCAACGCGGGAGACGUUCCGUGCAGUUUAUAAAUAA